AUGAAGGUGGCGUCAGCAGUGAUGAGUGCGCCAGUGCAUAUUGGCAAGUUGAGAUGCAAUGUGGCUGUGCUGAUGGCAGCUUUGUCCGCAUGCCUGACACUGUUGUCCUACUCAGGUGUUCGUCGCGAACAAAUGAAGAGCGACCAGCUGGCAGCGUCCAGUCAAGGCUUUAUGAUGCGUGAUUGGGAGAAGCCAAAGCUGUUCUACGUGGAGAGGAAUUUUUGGAUCUCACUUCUGGGGCUUACUCUUUGGAUGACAGCAUGGCGUCUGGAGGCAACCUUCCGCUGGCGACCACGGCCACCCAAAGUCCCCAUGAAUCUGAAAGUUACCCGACUUCUUUGGAUUCUGGUGGGCUUUGCAGCUUUGUUGCUCGCUGACCUUCCGCUUUGCCGCCUGAACUAUCAGUUGCAGCUCUCCUACUAUGUCACUCCCGAGAAGGAAUCCUUGCUAAGUGCUGCUCCUGCAUGUGCGGGAGUGUUUGAGAGCAAUGCUGGAGCGAGUUGCGGCAGUUUUUGUGCGCAAGUCAGACGGGUCGCUGAGGAGCGACAGAACUGCGUGUUCUUCGCAAGAAGAUGGCACAUUUUAGGCCGUUGGGCUGCUAAGAUCUUCGACGACAUCCGGGGUGAGUCACAGGGGCCAGAGCACAUCAAUCAGCUCUUCCAGAAGAAGACGUGCGAGGGAGUGCUGCAGAGCGCAGACAAGAGCAAUCCAACGGUAAACACCUUCUGUUCCAUUUCUGCUGGAGUUGCUGUCCUAGCAGCGUUUGCCGCCUUCGCACAGGUCACCGGUGACAUGGCAAUUGAGCAGAAUCUUCACAAAGACUGA